AACUGCCAGGUAUCCUCCUUUGAAUGGUGCAAAUUCUUGUUCGGGUAACUCCGACACCAUUCGUACACACGAGUUGAAUAUUAAUAAAUAUUCGCGGGAAAUUUAUUCAACCUAACCAACGCAUUCCGCUGUUCUCGCUUAACUCUAUUAAACAAACUUUAAGUCCACUAAAACACAACUUCAUUCAGUUCCAAAUUAAUAAAAAAAAUGGACGAAACAACGAAAAUGAUAAGAAAGCUCCACAAUGCUUUUAAACUUAGUGGAUACAAUAUACGCAAGGAUUUAUGUGAGCUAAUUGUUGUCAAGUUUGCUGCAGAGCAUAUGAAUCUAUACACUCCAGAAGUAUUUGAUGAAUGUUUAAAUGUAUCUAGCAGCUUGGAGAAGCAAGCCAUUCAUGAUAAAAGUAUUGAAAGAGAAAACAUUGAGAGAGCAAUUGAAGUCUGCAUAAAUUCCGGCUGUGACAAACAUGAAACAAUUAUCAAUGUGAUCAAUGCUUUUGAUUUUCCCAAAUUUACAUAUAAUCCAGACAGGAAGAGAUAUACUCCAAGCACAACAAAACCCAAACUAUUAUCAGGUCCAGAAAGCAAGGCAUCAUUAUUUCUAGAAAGAUACUCAACAAUUCUACAAAGAACUCAAAGAAACUUCAAAAACAAAUUAGUAUCACAAGCAGACCAGCUACAACUACAAACUGUUGAUUAUUUACUCACUUUAUCACACUGCACAUUGGAGAAAACAGUUAUUUUAGGUUCUUUGUUCAUGAUAUCAGAAGGAAAAUUUGUUCUUGAGGAUCCCACAGGAAUUGUUGAGCUAGAUCUCAGUCAUGCACAAUACCAUGGUGGAUUUUUUGUUGAAAAUACUUUUGUAUUGGUUAAUGGUGUGUAUGAUGAUAGGAAACUCAUGGUAUCCACCAUUAUUUUACCUCCAGGCGAGGAAUACAAGACUUCAAGGCUGAGUUUUGCAAAUCUAAAUUACUUUGGUGGAGAAUCACAACUUUUACUCAGAGAAUCAUCAUCAUUAAAAGAAUAUAUGCAUAGAUUACCAAAUGAGAUGAUGUUGAUGCUUUCUGAUUUAUGGCUUGAUCAUCCUCAAACAUUUGAAAAAUUAGAAACAUUAUUUGGUGGAUUGGAAGAAAACCCACCGAUAGCUUUCAUUCUAAUGGGAAACUUCAUGUCAGAAUCCCACGGACUUGAAAAAAUCGACGUUCUUAGAAAGUUAUUCAAACAACUGGGUGAAUUAAUCGCCCGUUUCAAGAACAUCGUAGCAAAUUCUCAUUUUAUUUUCGUACCUGGCAUGUUGGAUCCAUGUACGCCCCAUAUUGUACCCAGAUUACCACUUCCGAAGUUCAUUACAAACGAAAUCUCCAAACACGUUCCAAAGUCGUGGUUCGCAACGAAUCCAUGCCGUCUUCAGUAUUGCAAUAAGGAAAUCGUCCUGUUUCGUGCCGAUGUCCUCGUAAAAAUGAUGCAGGGCACAUUGCAUAAGCCUCAGAAGGAUGACAUCAACAAUUAUAUAACAAGAACAAUUGUAAGCCAAGGACAUCUCAGCCCGCUCUCAUUGAACGCCCUAACAGUUAAUUGGGACUUUGAUUACACUCUACAGCUGUAUCCACUUCCUGACCUGGUUGUGAUCGGUGAUAAAUCAGAAAUGUAUCAGGGAGAGUACAUGGGAUGCAAAGUUAUGAAUCCGGGCUCAUUUUGUGAUUCAGGAUUUCAGUUUAAGUGUUACACACCCGGCUUGGAUACCAUCGACGACUGCGCGUUGUAAUUUUGUUAAUUUAUUUGUAAAUAAAGGUAACAUAGAGACUUUAAAUUAUAA